UUUUGUUUAUAUUAAAUAGUUUAGCACUUAUUAAAUUCAUUAUAAUUAUUUCUUACAGAGUUAGAGAUUAAACGUAUUGAAUAUGAUAAAACCUAUCACCUCAGAUUUCCUCAUUUACAAAGGCCAAGAAAUGCAUUACGUUCUAAGAUUCACCAAUCGUGGUUAAUAAAUUCUAUUGAAAUAGAAAUAAACAAUGAAAAUGAAGAUAAAAAUAAUAAUUAUAACAUGAGUGCCACUUCUAUAUUUUUUAAGAAUCUCACAGAAUAUCUUCCAGAACAUUAUUUUACAAGAUUAGGAGGCUUAGACAUAGAAUAUCAGCUUCAUUCGCAACCAGUUGCUGUAUCAUUUAAAGGCAUAGGAAUAGAAAAUUUAAUCAAUACACAAAGUAUAUCAAUAAGAGUAAAAAUGGCUCAUUUGAAAAACAAGAGUCAAAUGUUGAAAAAUAUUACAUGUGGAAUAGCAGAUUUUUCUGAUAAUAAAUUUGAUUUUUUGAUGGAUGGUUGUCAAGUAAUUAGUGUCAGAGGAAAUUAUACAACUUGCCAAUGUUAUCGCAUGGGAAUGUAUGCUGUUCUUUUGACAUCAUUUACAAAUGCAAAGAAAUCAAGCAAUCAAGAUGAAUUUGAAAUAAUUGCUGGUAUUGGAUGUAGCAUUGGUGCCUUUCUUCUCUGCCUUACCUUUUUUAUGCUGCUAAUAUUAUGGAAAAAAUUAAGGGGUGCCAUAACAGCAUUAAAACUUCAAGUAUGUAUUGCCUUAAUAGGUGCCUACAUUGCAAUUUUGAAAAGUCUUCAAGAAUCUCUAUCAAAGGAAUAUUAUUCGUACAUAUUAUCUAUUAUACAAUUCUUUCUUCUUGCUGCCUUUUCAAUGCAGUUAUGUCUAGGACUUAUUGUUUAUAUUGAAUUUACCAAUUUACAAAGUAUAAAAUAUCCAGAAUUAAAAGUAGCUGCUAUGGGAUGGGCUGUUCCCACUAUAGUAGUAGGUGCUACAUUAGCAUCUCAAGUUCCAGAAGGAUUCCUAAUAGAAAGUUGGUGGCUGAAAUUUGGUACAAAUUUUUUUCUUUCUUACACCAUAGCUGUUAUCAUCAUUUUCGUGCUUCAGCUUAUUCUGUUUCUCACAGUCAAAGCAGAAAUUAGGCAUCAUCAAAAAGAGGAAUCUCCCAAACAAAAAAUCAUUGGAAAUAGAACCAAACUGUUAUGUCGUUCAUUAGUGAUAUCUGUAACUCUUCUUUUGACAUCUGUAUUUAGUAUUCUAUAUAUAAAUUAUGAAGAUGAUAUUUUCAAAUAUUUGUUUUCAUUCAGUUCUGCAGCUUUGGGGCUGAUAGUAUUUCUUUGUUAUACAUUCUGUAGUGAAAAUGCAUUUCUUUUAUGUUGUCCAAAAACAUCUAAUGAUAAUGAUGAUGAAAAAGAGGAACCUAAACUUAACACAGAAAGCAAUUCUUUUAGAUCAUUCUUAAAACCAGAAAUAGUGGGAGAAACUGCUUGUUAUUUGAAUAAAUUUUCUGAUCAUAUGGAUAAACGAACAUCAUUAGAUCAGAUCCAUAAAUUAAAACCACAAGUAGAAAUCUGUAGAGAACCAGAUUGGUUAGAAACAGGUUGUCUUUUGCAAGAAAAGAAACCAAAUUUAAAGUCUGCUACAGUUCAGAGUGUCUCAAAACAUAAACAUAAGAAUGGAAAAGGAAAAAACUUUGAUAUAAAUGAGUCAGAAGAUGCUCGACAAAUUUCUCCUCAGAAAUUUCGAUGGAGACACAUAGAUCCAUCAAAAGCAUCUUCAUUUGAGUUAGAACCAAUGUAUGAUAGCCCUCGUAGUAACUUCCACGGAAAAACUUUAGAGAGUGUUAUAGAAGAAGAAAACCCAGAUAGGACUUCUUUGCCUCCACCUUAUCAAGAUUCUAGUCUUGACGCUAAGAAAGAUUAUUCAAUAAAAUCAAAUCCUCUAUCACUGUUUGAUUCUCGGAAUCAAGAAAACUUAAAAACCGAUCUUAGUGCCUUGAUGGUCUCCAAAAAUUCUGAAUCAACUAAUAGUGCUUCCUCUAAAACAAACCAUUCAAACAGCACAAAAGCAGCAGAUCAAAAAGGAGUAUAUUCGGAUGGACAAAUUUUGCAUGAUGCGACACAAACAGUACCUCCCAUUAAACUGGACGUAACAAAUAUAGAAACAACACCAGACGAUUGCUGUCAUCCCACCAAUAGUGUUGCAGAUCUCAUUAGUAGAGACGAUGACUUUGCUACAGAAAUGGAUAUGCCAUUAGUAGUAACAGAAAAUGUAGCAAGAAACGACCAAGUGUCACCUUCCAGAAAAUCAUGGAGCAUGACAUCAGUUUGAUGACAAAACUUUGCUGCAGGUUUCUCAGUGGACAUUGUUUAUAUUUUCUGUGACUCGCUCAAGAAAAGUUUAUUAUAUCAGUGGUAGUACCUCCAGGACACUUUCAUUGACUGAUUUUUUAUUGAAAAAUUCCCUGCUCAUACAUAAGUUUUGCCACAAUUGUAUGUAAAUUAUACAUAUGAAUACGGAUAUAUAUAUAUGUAUGUAUAUAUACACAAAAAACCUNUUUUAAAU